GCACAAUCCAUGACCUGUCAUGGCGGAGUUAACAUAUGUACCCGCGCACGUGUAGCUCGCCCGGUUUACGCUGCUGCACUUUUCUACAAUUCUAAUAUAAUGUGACAGAGGAUUUUGACCGGGCCAUUCGUUCGACGUCAUUUUGAACAGAUCCGAAAAUGAGUACGAUCUUGGAAAAGAUCGCCUCGAUCGAGGCCGAGAUGGCUCGUACCCAGAAGAACAAGGCGACUUCUGGGCAUCUCGGUUUAUUGAAAGCGAAACUAGCCAAGCUCAGACGCGAGCUGAUCACUCCGAAGGGCGGUGGUGGGGGUGGCGAGCAAGGUUUUGAGGUCGCAAAGACCGGUGACGCUCGUAUCGGCUUCGUAGGCUUUCCUUCUGUGGGAAAAUCUACUCUGUUGAGUACUCUUGCUGGUGUAUACUCCGAAGUAGCCGAGUAUGAGUUUACAACACUUACAACUGUUCCUGGUUGCAUAAAAUAUAAAGGUGCAAAAAUACAGCUGUUAGAUCUUCCAGGUAUUAUAGAGGGCGCAAAGGAUGGCAAGGGACGAGGACGACAAGUCAUUGCUGUAGCACGAACAUGCAGCUUAAUUUUCAUUGUCCUGGAUGUGCUUAAACCACUUGGACACAAACGACUAAUCGAACAUGAAUUGGAAGGCUUUGGCUUGAGACUGAACAAACAGCCCCCAAACAUAACUUUCAAAAAGAAAGACAAGGGUGGUAUCAAUUUACAAACAAUGUGUCCACAAUCUGAACUGGAUUUUGACACAGUGAAAAUGAUCCUGUCAGAAUAUAAAAUUAGUAACGCGGACAUCACACUAAGAUACGACGCCACCUCGGAUGACUUGAUCGACGUUAUAGAAGGGAAUCGCGUUUAUGUCCCUUGCAUUUACCUCUUGAAUAAAAUAGAUCAAAUAAGCAUAGAAGAACUAGAUAUUAUUUAUAAAAUACCACACUGUGUGCCGAUCUCAGCUCAUCACAAAUGGAACUUUGAUGAUUUGCUGGAAAAAAUGUGGGAUUACUUGCAACUUGUUAGGAUUUACACGAAGCCGAAGGGACAACUCCCAGACUAUAAUGCACCUGUAGUAUUAAAUACCGAAAAGCGAACUGUUGAAGAUUUCUGUAACAAACUUCAUAGAUCGAUUGCGAAAGAAUUUAAAUACGCUUUAGUAUGGGGCUCUUCGGUGAAACACCAACCCCAGAAAGUAGGGAAGGAUCAUCUUCUUUGUGACGAGGAUGUUGUUCAAAUUGUAAAAAAAGUGUGAUAUUUUUCUUGCAAGAUUAUUUUUUGGCAGCACAAAUAAACUUAACUAAUGAGAUUAAUAAUAUCA